CACUGUGGCCUGCAUUGCUACCUCGAUCCAUCGUUUAAUAUCUAAUUUAAUCCUAUUUUCUGUAAGAUAAAUAUUAUAUUGUGCAGGUGCCCGAAUAUGAAAACAAAUAUGGCGAUCGCUAGGCAACAAAUUGAUCCGAAAUUUAAACCGAUUUUAUGGCAUUGUAAAGACAUUUAAGUAGAGAUAAGUUAUCGUAACCCAUUAAACUAUAUUAUAUUCGAAUUGUGAAGGGGAUAAAUAAAGGAUAAAGAAUAAUAGAAUGGAUACGAUGUGGUAAAUGCUGGCUCUGUAUGCGUCCUCGUUUUCGAAUUGUUUACAAAUGGCGGACAAGACAAAUUUUGAAAAUUUAGAAAUUUCAGACGAUAAAUCAGCAGCAGAUGACCCAAAGAAACCUCUUGCGGAUUUUAUAAAAGAACAUUAUGAUAAGCAAAAGGCCGAGGGGAAGAUAGCUCCAAGUGAUGAUAUCAGCGAUGAGCGUGCCAACAAUUUUUUCAAUAGAGCCAUACAAGAAAGUCAAAGAAUGAAUGAACAAACAGCAAAGUGCAAUGCAAAGACUAAAAAACUCUAUGAAGAAUUUGGAAAAGAUGCGUUUGAAUCUUGGCAAAAUGAGCAUGCAGCACAUGUCCUCACGCCAGAGGAACAACAUUUAAUAAAACAGAACAGAAAUGGACAAACAUAGAAGCAACUUAAUCUAGGAGUUUUUUAUUUGAAAUUAAUGUUUGUAUAUUUAUUUAUUGAAAAUAGAAAAUGUUAACAGUUAAUAAAGCAUUGCAGCUA